CAGGCUCUCGACACAGGAGUUAGAAUGGAUGCCUCCCUCCUCGGGUGUGUAGUACAGACUCAGAAUAGAUUGUUUAAUCCACACAGCUCUCCACGGUCUUCUUAGGGGAAGAGAAAAGUCCUGAUUAACUUUUGAUUCUGAGAGGAGAUGCAUAGGAGGCCUGAGAUUGAAUUGAACCUGAGGUCUUUGUUAGAAUCUGUGUUUAUGCCCUUCAUCAUUGGAAUAGCUCUUUUCUUGUUAAGAAGAACAUUGAUCUGUGUUUCAAAAAAAAGUAUUGGUCUUGUCUUCAGAUCCAUGAUUCCUUUAUCUGCUGUGGGGAGGAAUAAGUGGAUAAAAGCCAAAACCUGCUUGUCUCUGCAUCAACCUCCCCUAGUUCUUCAUUCUCCUUCAGGCAGAAAGAUGGUGGGGCCAUAGUAAAGAUGUAUUUCAGAUACUGAGCUAUUUCUUGAGAAGACAACCUGACAUAAAAGUUAGGUGGGGCAGUGAAGCACCAGGGGAUGCCCAGAUCUGCCCUCUUCAUCCUGGCUACCUUCUCAGCAGCACUGCACUGAUGGACCUCUCUCCCCACUCUUCUUCACUCCUCUCCCGAUCUCUGUUUCUUUUCUGGUCCUUAUCUGGCCUAUCAUAGUAAGAGGUCAGUAUAUUUUCCACACUUGGAUAAUCUCAUUCAAGAAUUUUUGUCAAUGGACAAGUCAUAAGAAGCCAUUCCAUUUUAGAGCUCGUUGACGUCACCAAGGAGGCGAUAAAUAUCUGUUGAUAUAAUUGGAUGUGAGAUUCAGUGUUGAAAUAGCAGAACUCUGUCCCUCGCUCCUUGGCAGGGCCCUAUGAUUUAUGCAGGAGCAGAGGCAGCACGCAAUCGAGCUGUCAAGAGAGCGUCAGCUUAUUAGGCAAAUGCUGCGUGCUUUCUGAAGAGGGUCGACGUUAUAAAACCUCACUCCAGGCUCUGGUGUGGAGAAACUCAGAGCCCAAGUACGUUGAGAGACUGAAGAGAAAGGGAAGAGGCAAAGAAAGGAGAAGAGAAAGGCGAAGAGGAAGAGAUCCUGCAAGAGAUCCUGCAAGAGACAUCCUGGGAGAGGUUCCUCUGCAGAGGCAGCAGCAGCAGGCUCACUUGCCAAGGGAGGAGAAGCGAGCGCCCCUAACAUGAGGCUGCGACUGCUGGUGUCCGCGGGCAUCCUGCUGAUGGCUCUGUCACCCAGCCCUCCGUGCGGGGCCCAGCUGAGCAGGGGACCCGUCCCAGGCGCUCCGCGGUCCCCGCAGCCCCUGAAUUUCCUGCAGCCAGAAGAGCCCCAGCAGCCUCAGCCGGUUCUGAUCCGCAUGGGAGAAGAAUACUUCCUCCGCCUGGGGAACCUCAACAGGGGCCCCACUGCUCGGCUGUCGCCCGACUCCUCGCCCCUCUCCGCGGGUCGCGACAGCCGCCCCUCGCAGGACCAGGCAGCCGCUAACUUUUUCCGCGUGUUGCUGCAGCAGCAGCAGCAACAGCAGCAGCAGCAGAUGCCUCAGUUCUCGCUCGACAGCCGCGCGGGGCCGGCGGAGCGCGGCGCCGAGGACACCCUCGGCGACCACCAGGGGGCGCGGGAGAGGGUGAAGCGGGCCGAACCGGCCAUCUCUCUGGAUCUCACCUUCCACCUUCUGCGGGAAGUCUUGGAAAUAGUCAAGGCAGACCAGUUAGUGAAGCAAGCUCACAAAAACAGGAAACUGUUGGAGAUGGCUGGGAAAUGAAAUGGUGCGUUUGGCCAAGGCGAUUCUGCAUUUAGCGCAACAGUGAAAACAAAAAGUUUAAAACAGUAUUCUGUACCAUAUCGCAGCUCUGAUAUUGUUUAUUUAUUUUUAUAGAGCUUGAAGCAUAAGACUAUGUACAGGGAGAGAGCCUAUAUAAUUAUUAUUUGAUCAGCAUGCACAAAGUGUAUUUCUGUGCAGUAGCAAAACAGUGUGAUUUGAAUUGCCCGUGCUUAGUUUUCCGUGUGCAAAUAAGUGUCUUUAUAGCUGUAUCUUAAAGAAAACGUGGACCCACGGAAGAAGGUUUUUUGAGAAGAAUAUGGAAGUCACUGGUUGUUUUGGGGGGUCACAGCAGAAAAGAAUUCAUUCUCAAGGGGUGGCCAGGACAAGAUUGCAAGCUCUUCGAAUCAACAUUUUCUUGUAAACGUUUCAAUAAUAAAACAUCUGUCCAAUCCUUGGUCAAUUUGGUUGUGUAAGAGAAUGCUGAACAUUUAUAUUUUUAAUAAAAUCUGCAAAGGUUA